AUGGAGGAUACGAAGAAGAUUGCAGAUAAGAAGGUGCAGGAGCAGGGACAAGAGCAGGACCACGAUGUCGAACACCAAGACGCAUACGGCGAAACGACUAGUUUGGGUAAGGACGAUAUUCUGCAGCUCGAGCAUACAGAUCCUGUGCUGAAUGCGAAGAUGCAUUUGGUCAAUAAUGCUAUUGACGAGAUUGGCUUUACGAAAUAUCAAUGGAAGCUCUUCGUGCUAAAUGGUUUCGGCUACGCUGUCGAUUCGCUGAUUCUACUUAUCCAAUCCGUCAUCGCCGCCCAAGCCACCCUCGAGUUCAAUCCUUCCUACCGCAACGGGUUGACCAUCGCCGCAUACGUUGGUAUGCUCGCAGGUGCUUUAUUCUGGGGUCUAUCCGCCGACAUCAUUGGUCGAAAGACGGCGUUUAACGUUAGUCUGCUGAUAUGCUCCGUCUUUGCCAUUGUGGCCGGUGCAAGUCCGAAUUGGGAGGUCUUGGGCUUGUUUGUAUGCUUGAGUGCUUUUGGCGCUGGAGGCAACUUGGUGUUGGACACGGCGGUCUUCUUGGAGUAUCUGCCUAGUUACAGGCAGUGGAUGCUUACGCUCAUGGCAGCUUGGUGGGGCAUCGGUCAACUUAUCGCUGGUUUCUUCGCCUGGGCCUUCCUCCCAAACUUCAGCUGCACCGACCCAUCCAUCGACCCAAAUGCGGGCCCCUGCACAAAGUCCAAUAACCAAGGCUGGCGCUAUGUCUGGUACGCAUCUGGUGCUCUUGUGUUCGUCAUGUCCAUCCUCCGCAUAACUAUUAUCCGGCUAAGAGAGACACCCAAAUUUCUCGUCAGCGAAGGAAAAGACGCAGAGUGUGUCGAAACCCUCCACUUCAUUGCAACAAAGUACAACCGGCCCUGCAGCCUCACCCUCACCCAGAUGCAGGACUGCGGCACCGUAGAUCGCGUUGCAGCACGGGGAAACAAGAGCAAAUGGGGGUUUGGGGAGAUAGCCAUGCACCUCCGCGGUCUUUACUCCACUCGCAGAAUCGGUAUCUCAACAUCACUAAUCUGGCUCUCUUGGACACUAAUCGGCCUCGCCUAUCCCUUAUACAACGUCUUCCUACCCGCCUACCUCUCAUCCCGCGGUGCCGCUUUCGGCCAACCAUCGCCAUACAUCACCUGGCGCAACUACACCCUUGUGAACUUCAGCGGGAUCUGGGGUCCUGUACUAGCGGGAUAUAUGUGCCAUACUCGUCUCGGUCGCAAGUAUACCAUGGUCAUCGGCGCACUGGUCACGAUGGCGUUCUUCUUUGCGUACACGCAGGUUCGUACUGCAGUGCAGAACGUGGCGUUUACGUGUAUCAUCAAUUUCUGUCUAAACAUUUAUUAUGGCACACUUUAUGCGUAUACGCCGGAGGUGCUGCCGAGUGCGCAUAGAGGUACCGGGAAUGGGAUUGCGAUUGGGUGGAAUAGGGUUAUGGGCAUCUUAAGUGCGGUCAUUGCUACGGUCGCUGAUGUGAGUCUACCCUUCUCUUCUUCUUUUCAACCUUUUUCUUACACACUCUGUCUCCGUUCACGUGCCAGAUACGAGGCUGUAUGA